UGUUUUUCGGAUCUAGAACCUUAAUUAUUUUUUCUCCUUUAAUCUUUAAUAGAAAAAACAUACAAUUAGAGUGCAUUGCCCAGCCAGCCUUAGGAUUCAAAGUUGAAAGCGAAGGCCAAAACUUCCACUCUUUAUUUAUCAUUCACCAAUGAUUCAUUUUGUACUAUUAAUAAGUCGGCAAGGGAAAGUGAGAUUAACCAAAUGGUACUCCCCUUAUUCCCAGAAAGAGAGAUCAAAGGUGCUUCGAGAGCUGAGUGGCAUAGUAAUCAAUCGAGCUCCUAAGCUUUGUAAUUUUGUGGAAUGGAGAGGACUUAAGGUGGUUUAUAGAAGGUAUGCUGGUCUUUAUUUCUGCAUGUGCAUUGAUCAUAAGGACAAUGAGUUGGAAGUUCUUGACAUCAUCCAUCAUUAUGUGGAGAUAUUGGAUCGAUAUUUUGGCAGUGUUUGUGAACUGGACCUGAUCUUCAAUUUUCAUAAGGCAUAUUAUAUACUUGAUGAGAUAGUGAUUGCGGGUGAGCUUCAGGAAACAAGCAAAAGAACUGUCAUACGCCUCAUGUCUGCACAUGAUUCACUGGUUGAAAUAGCUAAAGAGCAGGCCAGUUCUAUCGGCAAUAUCAUUGCACAAGUCACCAAAUGAGAUCUCAAAACUGCACCCAGCAUUUUUUUUCUCCCUGUUUUACAUAUUUAUCAGAAUAAUUCAGUUCAAUCUACUGAUUUAUGAUAUCUUUUAAGACUUGUAAUGGUAGAUAUAUUAGUUUAUACUACAUGUAAUCAUUUCUCCAAUUUUGUUGUAAGGUUACUGAUAAUAUUUGCCAGCCCUUUUCAUUUGAGUGCUGGCAGUGGCGUAACCAGAAAAUAUAAUUAGUGGGGACAAAUUGUAAGAAAAAAUAUAAUCGACAAUUUCUUCA